GUCACCUCUGGGAGUCCGACCCCAAACUGAUGAGUGACACCGGUCUUCUACCUCUUCAACCUUGUCGUCGGUGACAUAUACCGCGGCGUCUUGUCAUCAAGCAGCAUCACCCGUUGACUAGUCAUUCAGAACAAUGCUGUUGCUCACAGUGUUCAUACUCAUCAUCGAUGCAACAGUGUGCGAGCGAGAUAACAGGAUAACGACAGUCGACGUUAAUGUUGAUGUGCCAACGACAACGGCGUCGGGGAGCCUACCGUUCACGGCGGUAACGCAUCCGACGCCGGUACUGGAGUCGUCGACGUUCGAGACGACGGUAACGCCGACGAUGGAGGAUGAAGAAGAGGAAGAUAUCGAACAACGAGUGAGCAACAUCAUGAACAGUGCGUACAGAAAGGCGCUGCCCAUUGUUACCAGACUGGGCUUCGAUCCCGCCGUGUCUGUGGAAUGCUCGGCGAGCUUGUUGAAGCUGUCCCUGGCGCUCAGGAGGUUCGAACCUUGGGCUAUUCACAUGCUGGACGCAUCUGGGAAGGUGGCACCAGGGUUGCUAGCCGGAACCAUCGGCGAUUUGGGGAACUUCGACGAGUGUUUGGCCAUCACGGUGGAGAACACGUACGGCGAGGAAGACUUCCGUGGCAGAUUCUGCACCAUCUACAUGGAUUUCAGGAACAACUCCUUCGUGGACAAAAUGGUGGCCAGGUUUCAAGAGAAGGGACACCUCAGAGGUCACAAGAACCCGCUUAAUUGGGUGAACAACAGGCUAGUCCGUGGCGUACGUCAAACAGCGUGCAUCCCGUCGACGUGCUCGGACAAGGACCUCGAACACCUUGUCAACAUUGCCGGGAAGAAGAUCGGCAUGAAAGCCCGCAUUCGGGGCUGCAAAGCCCGCGGAGACACUGUGGCCACCAACUGGCAGAAGGGAAUCAUAUACACACUGGCCACGAUGAUGUCCAUCGUUUUGCUCGCCACGGGAGCUGACACCGUUCGAAGGCUCCUGUUCGCUCCGGACGUUAGGCAGAAACAAAAAGGAAGCCUAGUGCAGUUGAUACGAGGCUUCUCAAUCGUGUCAAACACGGAGAAGUUGCUCAAGAUUGAACCCAGCGACCCGGCGGACUCCAAGCUACAGUUCAUCCACGGCUUGCGUUUCUACAGCGCCACCUGGGUCAUGCUCGGUCAUGCUUUCCUCAUCGCGGACCCUACCGGAACAGGCUCCUUGAUGAACGUGAUCGAUCUUGUGAAAGACUUCAUGACAACUGUCAUUGCCAAUGCAUUUCCUUCCGUGGAGACUUUCCUCUUCAUAAGUGGAUUCCUCCUGUCGUACAACGUGCAGAAAUCGCUCCGAUCCAAGAGAAGACUCUAUCUGUGGGUUCCUCUCGCGCUGCUUCGACGAUACAUCAGGUUGACAGCGCCAGCUAUUGUUGUGGUGGGCAUCUGGCUCAUCGUUCCCUUGGUCUUCGACGGUCCCAUUCUCAACGACUACAAGCAAAUGUUUCUGGGAAGCUGCGAAAAAAGCUGGUGGGCUGUUCUCGUCCACACCAACAACUUCUCGCCUUUUUGGGACAUGUGCUUGGGUCAUCUGUGGUACAUCGACAUCGACUACCAACUCUACUUAGGACUGAUAAUCAUUCCAGUAAUAAUGAUCUCGCGACCUCACGUGGGGACGUUUCUAGCUGUCGUGGCCAGCAUCGCAUCUAUUGUCUACGUAGCCGUUCUGACUUAUCUCAACGGAUAUCAACCCUCGGUCAUUUUCACCGACCACGACAUCGAUCUGACAGUGGAGACGGUCAACCAGAUCUACUUCCGACCGUUCGCUCACGUGGGUCCCUUCUGCAUCGGCAUCGUCUUAGGUUACUAUAUUCACGCUGCAAAGAAGAUAAAGCUGUCCAAGCCUGUGCAGUUCCUGUUCUGGUCGGCAGCGACGACGGUCAACAUUACCGUCGUGUUUACUCCUCACAAAUGGUACCUUCACAACAAUUACUCCAGCUCCUCAGCGGGUACCCUGUUGUACGCCAGUUUGCAUAGGGUUGCCUGGACGCUGGGCGUUGCUUGGGUGACCUUUGCCUGUGCCACCGGCCGAGGAGGUAUCGUCAAGUCCCUCCUCUCUUGGAAUGCCCUGGUGCCCUUGAGCCGCCUGUCUUACGGUGCCUUCCUGGCGCACGUCGUCAUACUCCUGACACAAGUGAUGACAAAUCGGGAGAGGAUCGCAUUCACCCACAUGACAAAGACGAUGAACUACUUCGCUGUGGUCAUGGCGUCUUACAUGUGCGGAUACUUACUGUACCUGUUCUGCGAAGCACCUGUCGCCACUGUAGAAAGAAUCUUACUGGGCGGUGGCAAGAAGGACACCGUCAAAUCAGGACUGCCCAUCUCCAAGCCAUUCCACUCAACGAACAAUAACCAUCAUGUGCAACAAGACCCCAGUGACGUCACUGUACAAAAUGGACCAAUGAUGCAAGAGGAGAGCUAUGCCGGAUGCAGACUUUAGAAGGAAAUGUGGAAGCCGCCAUCUUCAGAAAGAUGCAUUGUGUCCUACGAGGCGAGACCCUAUAAGAGGUUCAUCUGCACAGGCGCUGUACAUGCAUGUGACGACGCAAGUGGAAUUCUCGUGAGCGGAGCUAAUGCGAUUGAACAAUACCAUCGCGGUCACCAUUCUCCCUGCAUGUCAGACCACUACUACCAUCACCACUACCACCACCAUUAUUCUUUGUAAAAUAAAAAAAAAGGUCAUAUGCGCAUGAACCACACUCUGCAGAUUGACAAAACAGACACACUCUGCAGCUCCGCGACGCGGUAUUUAAUGCCGAA